CAUGUCAUGUGUAGGUGGAAAUUCAUUGCUGCUGUGGAUGAUGUAUGCACUGUCCUGUUCAGACUGGUGGAGCCAGCAGCACCAGUCAAAUCGUCUUGACUGUGUGUUGAGUAGCUGAGACCUGUCUUAUCUUCACCUCAUAAUGCGCAGGCGUGAUCCUAUCUGAGCCCAGCGAGAGGAAAAAAAAACUGUUUCCAUCUGAACUAGACGUCGUGUGCGCUGCGCUUCUGAGACGGAUGCUGAGUUUUUGGAGGAUUGUAUGUUUAUUUUUGCGUUUCGUGCGUAAAGACAGCACAGACAUGAAUGCUUCUUCGCUCGCUGAUCUCGCCGAGCUACACGAUCCAACCUGUGGAUAGUGUGGAACGCGUCUGUGGCCACCUCCGGGACACUCUGCCUCCUCCACCUCCUCCAGCAGCCCCGCUGUGCGCGUCUUCCAUCCGCUUGGCUCCGGUCUGUGUCUCGUCGCGGGACCCGGCGUUCCCUUUCACCCCACAAGCGGCGAGGCAGGUAUUCAGUUUAUGAAUGGCACUGGCAUGGAGGAAAUACCGUUUCAGAAAGUCAAAACCAGGCGGAAGAGAGGUCACUGCCCACCGAGUGUCCCCCUAACCACCAUCGCAUGCGAGGACGAGUUCGACUGCAAGGAGCUGGAGUCCCUCUUCCAGAACUACAACCUGAAGCUGGAGCAGACGUCCACCCUCAAAGCGCUGGCCGUGCUCAUCUUCCUGUCCUCCGCACUGGCCGUGGUGGAGUUGCUGUCCGGCCCCAGCCUCACCAUCUCCAAGGGGUCCCAUCCGGUGCACUGUGUCAUCUUCGUCUCCUUGUUCAUCGUAACCAACGUCAAGUACCUGCAGGUGACUCAGCUGCAGCAGAUCGUUAACCUGACGCUGCUGUUCGGCUUCACCUUCUCCUUCCUCUGCUGCCCCUUCUCCCUGGGCGCGAUGGGGAUGGAGCCGCCGACGUCCCCGGAGCAGGGCAUGUGGCAGCUCAUCCUGGUCACCUUCGUCGCCUACGCGCUCCUACCUGUGCGCACGCUCCUGGCCGUGGUGUUUGGAAUAAUGGUCUCCAUAUCGCACUUGAUUGUGACGGCCACUUCUGUCACCGUGAGGACGCAGAGGCUCUGGAGAACGUUGGUUGCCAACACAGUCCUCUUCACCAGUGUCAACCUGUCAGGGCUGUUUGUGCGCAUCCUGACAGAGCGAGCCCAGAGGAAGGCCUUCCUUCAGGCUCGCAACUGCAUCGAGGAGAAGCUCCAAAUGGAGGACGAGAACGAGAAGCAGGAGCGCUUGCUAAUGAGUCUGUUGCCCAGGAACGUAGCUAUGGAGAUGAAAGAGGAUUUCCUGAAGCCCCCAGAAAGGAUCUUUCACAAAAUCUACAUCCAGCGCCACGACAACGUCAGCAUCCUGUUUGCAGAUAUAGUCGGUUUCACCAGUCUGGCCUCGCAGUGCACAGCCCAGGAACUGGUGAAACUGCUAAAUGAGCUGUUUGGGAAGUUUGAUGAGCUUGCCACGGAGAAUCACUGCCGCAGGAUUAAGAUCUUGGGCGACUGUUACUACUGUGUGUCUGGACUGACCCAACCCAAGACCGACCACGCCCACUGCUGUGUGGAAAUGGGUCUGGACAUGAUUGACACCAUAACGUCAGUGGCAGAGGCCACAGAGGUCAACCUGAACAUGCGCGUGGGCUUGCAUACAGGUCGGGUGCUCUGUGGAGUGCUGGGCCUCAGGAAAUGGCAGUAUGAUGUCUGGUCCAAUGAUGUGACCCUGGCCAACGUGAUGGAGGCUGGGGGACUACCUGGGAAAGUCCACAUCACCAAAUCUACACUGGAGUGCCUAAAUGGAGACUAUGAGGUGGAGCCUGGAAACGGCCACGAAAGGAACCCCUUCCUCCUGAAACAUGAAAUUGAAACCUUCUUUAUUGUGCCAUCUCACCGACGGAAGAUAUUCCCAGGAUUGAUUCUUUCGGAUAUAAAGCCCGCCAAAAAGAUGAAGUUCAAAACUGUGUGCUACUUACUAGUGCAGCUUAUGCACUGCAGGAAGAUGUUCAAGGCUGAGAUUCCCUUCUCCAAUGUCAUGAACUGCGAGGACGGUGAUAAGCGGAGGGCCAUGAGGACGGCGCCGCAGAAGCUGAGGAACCGUCCCAACGCCAACCAGGCCACCGUGGUCCAGAGCAGCCCCAGAACGCGGGUCAACCGCUACAUCGGGCGGCUGAUCGAGGCCCGGCAGACCGAGUCGGACACGGCAGACCUCAACGUCCUCACACUCAUGUACAAAUGCUCCGAGCGUGAGCAGAGGUACCACCAGGUUCCUGAUGAGUACUUCACCAGCGCAGUGGUCGUCUCUCUGGUCCUCGCUGCCUUGUUUGGCCUUGUCUACCUUCUCAUCAUACCACAGGGCACAGUGAUACUUGUCCUUCUUGUCUUCUGCAUCUGUUUCCUAGUAGCUUGUAUCAUGUACCUGCACAUCACUAGAAUACAGUGUUUUCCAGGGUGCCUGACCAUUCAGAUUCGCACUGCCCUCUGUAUUCUCAUAGUGCUCUUAAUCUACGCUGUGGCCCAGGCCUGUGUGGUGGGCUGUAUGCCCUGGCUGUGGGGCAGUGCCAACACCAACAGCUCCAUCGUCAUCAUCGAUGACAUCAGCGGCGCCAACCACACCAUGGCGGAGCUGCCUUGCGAGGGUGCCCGCUACGCCUUUCUCUCCUGCGUGGUGGGCACCCUCACGCUGGCGCUUUUCCUGCGGGUCUCCUGGCUGCCAAAGAUGGCGCUAAUGCUCCUCCUCGGGGUGCUGUACAUCACAGUGUUGGAGCUCAGUGGCUUUCGCAGGACGGCAGGUGGGGGGUCCUUCCACAUCCGGGGCUAUGAGCCCAUCCUGUCUCUGUUGCUCUUUGUCAGUGCCCUGGCCCUCCACUCCAGGCAACUCGACCUCAAACUACGCCUGGACUUCCUAUGGGCUGUGCAGGCAGAGGAGGAGAGAGAUGGCAUGGAGAAAGUCAAGCUGGACAACAGGCGGAUUCUCUUCAACCUCCUGCCCGCGCACGUGGCUCAACACUUCCUGCUGUCAAACCCCAGGAACAUGGUGAGCCUCGCUAAUAGACAGGCAGGCAGACAAACAGAGAACCAGGAUCUGUACUAUCAGUCCUACGCACAAGUGGGCGUUCUGUUUGCCUCCAUCCCAAACUUCAACGAUUUCUACAUCGAGCUGGACGGAAACAACAUGGGAGUGGAGUGCCUCAGACUCCUGAAUGAGAUCAUUGCAGACUUUGACGAGCUCAUGGACAAGGAGUGCUACAAAGACAUAGAGAAAAUCAAAACCAUUGGCAGUACAUACAUGGCAGCUGUGGGCCUUGUCCCCACCAUUGGUACCAAGGCCAAAAAAUCUGUUUACGACCAUCUCAGCACAAUAGCAGACUACGCCAUUGAGAUGUUUGAUGUUUUGGAUGAAAUCAACUACCAGUCAUACAAUGAGUUUGUCCUGAGAGUGGGAAUCAAUGUUGGCCCAGUGGUCGCUGGGGUGAUUGGGGCACGGCGACCUCAGUACGACAUCUGGGGGAACACGGUGAAUGUGGCCAGUCGCAUGGACAGCACCGGAGUACCGGGAAAGAUACAGGUGACAGAGGAUGUCUAUCGCCUGCUGAACAACAACUACGACCUGGUGUGCCGUGGCAAAGUCAGCGUUAAGGGCAAAGGUGAGAUGCUGACCUACUUCCUGGAGGGGAAAGUUCAGGGUGUGGGCACCGCAACCACCUCGUCAGUGAUGCGUUCCGCCAGCUUGGCUCGUCGCAUCCACUCCUGUGGGAAGACGAGCGUCCCGACCAAUCUGGGCAGCAUCUCCACCGCCAGCCUGGCCGCUCACGCCGGCGUGGGCAGCAGCAGCGUCCAGAUGAACGCCGCCAACAGCAGCAACAGCCAAGUGACUUGUCUCCCCUCCUCCAGCGUGCCUGCAGUGAGGGAGGACGAGGAGGACAUUGAGGUGACGGCGAUUAAGAUCGAGGCUGUGGCCGCUGCUGCAGAUGUAGCUGUGUAGGGAAGAAAAACAGGGACUGUAAACCGAGCAGGAAAAAAAGGGAAAGAAAACCCUGGCUGGAGGCCGAGAGACGACGGGGCUGUUCAGGUAUUUCCUUUAAAUCCAGAGCUACUGGCAAAACCCAGAAUAUGCUCAUUCAGGAUAUGAACUUUCAGAGAGAUGACGUGGUGAUACAGACAAUCAUACUCGCUUUUAGGGAAGACAAACGAGGAGUGAGAGAGAAAGAUGCCCACAAUCUCUAAUCUUCUUUUUAACAUUUCUAUACCAGAUAAAUAGAUGUGUGGUGUCGCUGGGUUCCCUCAGAUCCAGGUAUAAUGUGCAUCUUCAUUUUAUAUAUUUAUAUUCUACAUAUUCCAUGUGCAGGGGAUAUGUGCAUUGAUAUCCUUAAAAAAAAAAAGACUGAUCAUGCUAUUUGCUUUUGCACUGUCUUUCUGAUUAUGCCAAGGAUACAUUGCGUUACUCACGGUGUAAAAUGGUGUUUUUUUUCACGGUGGGUGUAAGCAUGCAUGUGUGUACCUGUGAGCGUGUGUGUAUGCAUGUGUGGUUUAAUUCUGAAUUGUAACGAAACAGCACAAAGUACUUUUUUUUCUACUCUGAGCUCCUUGGAUGAAACAGGCUUUUUCCCCCCCUGAGAUAUCUUCGCCGUUAAUAGUGCAUGACUUUUUAAAGUUGACAGCCAUAGUGACUCCAAGUUGAAAGAAAACCAAAGUAACUGAGCUUUCAAAGAUCUUUAUUUUUUAACCCCUUUACAUUGCCUCACCAUCAGAGAGAAGAGGACAGAUUUGGCCGUAUUUGGCAGUACUUUAUGUGUCUUUUUCUUAACCCAGGAUAAGGUUUCACAAAUACUUGAUGUUCUUACUUUGCCCUGAUUCACAGACAGUGGAGGCUUUGAUAGUGAAGAGGCAGCAAAGGUCAAAGGUCAGUGUGAAAACCUAAAAAGAUAUUUUACUAUUUGGACGACAAGAUGGACAAAAGCUGAUAUGCAAAGACUGGACCAGUGGCAAAGGAUUGAUGAGGACCAAUACAUGUCUAUGAAUAAUGUGCAUUUAUCCACACAGAAGAGAGCACAUCCAUUACUUGAGCACACACACGCACACACACACACACACACACACACACACACACACAACACACACACACAUAUAAGCACACAACCUCCUGAAUUGCACACCCUUGUCCUUCACUCACGGCCUCUGCACACGAUUUAUGUACAUUCACAUAUUCCUCCCCCUCUGCAGUGUCCGGCUGCCUUCGUCUUUCAGGCAAACGUAACCUCCGCCCCCCCCGGAUUUUUGCUACAGUCGAGCUGAACAGCUACAAGCUUUAGCGCCUCUCUCUUUCAGAUACAGCCUCAGAAAACAUGGGGCUCUUCAGAUAUCCUCUUUAUCAACGUAUAUAUACAUACAAAAAAGAUAGAUAUAUAUAUAUAUAUAUAUAUAUAAAUAUAUGAAACUUUGACUUGAUCUGCAAAAGUGUAAAUACACAAUGUUUCAAGUUUUCUGCCUUACUCAAUAAGCUUACCGUGAUUGCAACCUGCCUUUUUAGAUAUAUUCACUUUGAUAUGCAGAUCAUACUUUUUUUGUAAAUAGCAAAGAAGCUGUAAACUAUGUUGUAUCUUGUACAGUUUAAAGUUGGGUUAUUGAAUAUUUUGUAAUAAAGACAAUAUUGGUGUAUAAAAUAUCACAGUAGUACUGUGAAUGUAAAAAUGUUAAUAUUUUGCUACCGGUAUAUAAAAUACAGGGUUUUAAACAAGAGCAAUAUGAGAAUUUCAAUAUGAGAACCUGACACACAAUAUUUGCACCAUGUCCUCAUGCACCACAAACCUUCAGUGGGUAACAGAUAGAACUUUUUACGGGUCAUUUUCUUCAUUAGUUCCAUUCCAUAAAAUUUCAUUUUUCACACUUAAUUUGAAUGGCUCUUUAAAAAAACAGUUUUUAUUCUACACAGCCAAUGAUGGCAAACAGUGACAGGUUUAUUAUACCAAUCAAUAUACUGGUCAGGUAAAUGUCGACAUGUCACAAACACUGAGCAGUGGGCACGGAGCGUGUGAGGGGUUCACCGUGACAGCUGGGUCAACGAAUGCCACACUCACGCCAUGCUUCAGUAUAGUAUAGUUUGUUUUUUGGGUUUGGAAUAAAGAUUUAACAAAAAAACAUGA